AUGAAUUGCAACUGGUUUCCCGCAAUUUGCGGCGAGAAGAACGAGGAAACAGAGUCAUAUAAAGUUACUACGGAAACUGUUAGUCGAGAAACUACCGCUUCUUAUUUUGAGUUUUCCAAGAGCGUAAAUGAUCUGGAAUCUUCCUUGCCCCAGACUCGACCCACAUUUAUGCCCGAGUCAAUAUCCGUAGAGACUUCUAUUCCAUCAUCUGUCACUACGGAUAUGAACACAUUUUUGUCCACUUCUGGCCAAGAGGUUAUCGAGCCGAUCACAUUUUUGUCGACUGCUGGCCAAGAGCUAAUCGAGCCGGACGCAUUUUUGUCGACUCCUGGCCAAGAGCAUAUCGAGACGGGUUUGAAGGCGCAAACAACUCAGACUUCUUUCGUGCAGACGUCAACGUCUUUUGACAUGUCUGGAACGGAUGGAACAACGGAGACUGCCAUAGCAAGCAAAGAAGCAAACAUUCCGGGUUGGCUGAUCGCGGUCCUGGUUAUUCUUGCAAUGAUUGUUCUCGUCGUUUGCAUCGGCUGUGGUUAUCUUGUGUACCGGCUGUACAAGUGCAUCAAGGGAUCCCAGCGAGAGCAUGACUACGAGAUGGGGCGUCCGAACAAAGACAAGGAUCGAAAGAAUGAACACAGCGACCAGGAAAACAAAGAAGAUGACCCGCAUCGAACAAGCCACCCCAAAAACGCUGGAAUGGGCUUCAGGGACAGUGAUCAAAACCAUCGGCCUGAUGAAACUAAGAAGGAUGACAAUGGUGAUGCCGGUGAUGAAACUAAGAAGGAUGAAAAUGGUGAUGCCGGAUCAGACAAUUCACAAGGCGGAAACAGCUCCAAUCAAAAGACCAAAAAGGAUGAGAAGACCGAAAAUACGAAUACACAAGACGGAGGAACAAAUAUGGACAUCAAGGAAGAGAAAAAACAAACAAUUUCCAAAGACGCGGCGAAAAAAAUCCCAAAAAAAAAAAACGUGUUUAAUCGCGGAGGAAAAUUUCCAUGGAACCCAAGCCCAAAAUCAAGCAAUUCCCAACCAUCGACAAGCUUUUUGGCGCCGAUUACUUCACCAAUACAAGCUGGAUUACAGACAGCUGCAAACAAGAUCGCGACUACCCUCCCACGAAACCUUACCGUCCAAUUCGAGCAGGAUAACAAAACGGUCACCGUUCGAUCGGUCAACAAAAUUGAGGUCAAACCGAAGCCAAUGCCUGGAAAAGUUACAAAGCGACCCCCAAAUCGACCACAAGCACUUCAACAGCAAAGAUCAGAGUCACGACGUGUGUCACUUCCAGAGCCCCGACCUGUUUCUCCUCCAGCAACUCGAUCUGAGCCUCUCCAAGAAUCACGACCUGAGCCUCUCCAAGAAUCACGACCUGAACCACUUCCAGAGCAACGACCUGAGCCGCUUCCACAGCAACGACCUGAGCCUCUCCAAGAAUCACGACCUGAACCAAGACCUGAACCUCUCCGAGAACUACGACGAAGCAAUCGUCUUAUGACACCGAAGAACUACGUUGAGUUCUCUUCAGACGAGAGUCUUUAA